ACGGAUUUGAUUACAGACUGGAGCCUUGCAUGUUACAUGAUGGCGGUCAGUAUUGUCUUGAGUUGUCUGCUAAUGUUGACCAUAAGUGGUGGCAAUGCCAAGAACUAUAUCUUGGAUAUAACUGUCAAUUGUGGUACAGCAAAGGGCAACGACCCAGUUCUGAAUAUAUUAACAGAUGUGGCUAUUUCUGCUCGUGCACGAUGUUAUGGCGGUGAUCAGACUUUUACAACCACGGAUAAAGUUCAUUACACUCUCCCUGGUACUUUAACAUCCGCUAAGAAAACCUGCAGAUGGCAUCAACGUACUGGAUCGUAUACAUACGCUGUAGACGUAUUGGUAAGAUAUGGUGAAGUUGGUAGUCUAAUUUUAACCAAAGAUAAAAUAACAACCGUUGUUUGUACAUAUGAUCAAUAUGGUAAAGAUGCUUCACCUCAACAUCAAAUUCUAGACAACUUUAUUGCACCCCGUGAACUUGGUACUAUUGUGGGCUCUAUUGUACCCAGCAGCCAAUUGAAACUGAGUAUUCAAGAUGUCCAUAAUGCUGAUGUUAAAGGCGAUAUGAAUAUUGAUAGAAAAUAUACCAUAUAUGGACAAUACAGCGGACCUAGUAAAGGUGUUGGAUUAAAGCCAGUUCAUUGUGAUGCUGUAUCUUCCUCUGGAAAGCGUUAUGCUAUCUUGCGAGCUGGAUGUGGCGAUGGAUUGGUAUUUAGAAAAACUGACGGCUUUACGACUUCUGGUAAAACAUUUCGCAGUCCAUAUUUUGAAGGAUAUCAUUUAGAUGACAGUGAAAGUUUAUCGGUUGAAUGUAAUGUAACCUUAUGUACCAAUUGUGCUGGGUCAUCGUGUGCUACCGUGUGUAAUGGACCACCAACAUAUGUAGUAGCUAACGGUAGAAGAGGUAGCUGUGUAGGGGAAUAUAAAUACAAGUCUACCUGUACAUAUGUCUGUAACGCUGGCUAUGGUAAAAAAUUAGCUGGUAUUUCAACUUGUGGACCAGAUGGAAUUUGGACAGUUCCACAAAUUACUUGUGUUGGUCUAGGAUGUGGAACCCCUCCAACUUUGUUCAACGGAGGUAGAACAUAUAAACUAACUUAUUACCCUAAUUAUGCAACCUACAAAUGUAAUCCUGGAUAUAAUAUGGUUGGGUCUGGAAUAGUUAGAUGUUUAGCAACUAGAAAAUGGGCAGCAAGACCAUUCUGUAGAGCUAAAAGCUGUGGAACUCCACCCAAUAUAUUGUACGGAUAUAAGUCGUAUACACGAACUGAUUACCCCAAUGUCGCAACCUACAGAUGUGCUACCGGAUACAAUAUAGUCCGGUCUGCAAGGGUACAGUGUUUAUCCACUGGAGAGUGGUCAACGAGACCCCAAUGUUCUCCUAAAAAUUGUGGAACCCCACCAAAUAUUCCAUAUGGAACAAGAAUGAGUAAAAGCACCCUUUACCCUAAUGCCGCACUUUACAGAUGUAAUGCUGGAUAUAAUAUGGUUGGAUCUGCAGCUGUCAGAUGUUUAUCAACUGGAAGUUGGGCAGCGAGACCGUCCUGUAGAGCUAAAAAUUGUGGAACCCCACCAAAUAUUCCAUAUGGAACAAGAACGAGUAAAAGCACCCUUUACCCUAAUGCCGCAAUUUACACAUGUAAUGCUGGAUAUAAUAUGGUUGGAUCUGCAGCUGUCAGAUGUUUAUCAAUUGGAAGUUGGGCAUCGAGACCGUCCUGUAGAGCUAAAAGUUGUGGAAGAAUACCAACCAUUGUAAACGGAGCUGGAACCGCUAAAAGCACACUUUUUCCCAGUGUGGCAACUUACACAUGUAAGAAAGGGACCAUUAUGAAGGGGUCUAAAUAUGUUAAAUGUAUGACAAGUGGAAAAUGGGCGGUCCAACCGAAAUGCGUGGUUACAUCGUGUGCACAAUUGAAGUUGUGUAACUCGGAAUAUCGUGAUGGGGAAUAUUGGAUACAGAUCCCUAAACUGAACCGAAUGAGGGUGUAUUGUUAUGGUUUAAGGGCAACAAAGCAGCAGGAAUAUAUAACCCUUCAACAUCCUAACAGUGCCACCAGGCCUAAUUUGCAAUAUCAAUCGGCUAAAUGCAAUCUCGGAUUAAGAGUCGCCGUCCUGGUCCCUGGGUCGACCAUCUGGAAUAAAAUCGCAUUGAAUAUUUUGACCGGGAAAGUUGUGGUCAAUGAUUUUCGUUAUACCAAACAAGUCAAUGGAUCCAAGCGACCAUAUGGUUCUGCUAGUGCUUGUUCGUAUAUGAAUAGCGAGAACUGUCCUGCACGUGGUCAUGCUUUGGUUGAUCUUCGAGAUACUGGUUUCAUGUUGGAUCCGAAGCUCAAGUGGAUUGCUGCUCGCGCCAAGCCAAAAUGUAAUACAAUUAGACGGACAAACCAUAUAUUUGAAGGUAAAGGCGAUGGGUACUGCGGUGGUUGCUAUCCAUCUGGGGGCCUUACUCUGGCAGCAGAUUUAAGGACGGCUGCCAAAUUAAAAGCCACAGAACCAGUCUGUAGGAUGAUCAUCUAGACCAUACGUGAAUGUAGAAGGAAUAAAAUAUACAAUUACAAUCUUAA